AUUUCCCACGAAUAAAGGUAGCGUCGGUGUUCGGUGCGACUUCUACUCGGCGAUCGCGCGGCAUUAGGUGCGCACGGUCGAUUUGGGACACCCGUACCCGUCAGAUCAUUGCCAGCGGUCGGACUGAACAGGUGCUCGGAUCAGCUCCGCCAAACAAGCAGGAAAGAAACGAAUCGGAUACGCGAAACGUUGUUGAGUGGUGCAGUGCUAACGGCAAGUUCUGAGGGUUUGGUUUUUGUUGUCGGAAAAAACGGUAUUGGUUUGGCUGAAUGUUGGUGGAACAUUAAGGCAUCAGGAGCUGGGCCUUUAGCUGCUGGUGAUCACAGCCAAUCGGGCAGCUGUUGUAGUGUGAACCGACUAGUCUAGCCACUAGCGAGUGAGUGAUUUUGAUCUAGUAUCCCUAAGCGAUUUGCUUAUUGAACGAUACAACAACAAAAAAGGCACAAUCAUGUCCAGCAUAAGUGAGUUCUAUCGCGACAAGGUAGUGUUCCUGACCGGUGGCACUGGGUUCAUCGGGAAGAUCGUGGUGGAAAAGCUGCUUCGAACGUGCGAAGUGAAGGAAGUGAUUUUGAUGGUGCGCGAGAAAAAGAACACACUGCCAGAGCAGCGCAUCAAGACACUAUGCGCAUCGCCGAUAUUUGAACGUUUGGCCAAAAAGAAUCCCAACUACCAGGACCGGAUUCGCGUGAUCGAGGGCGAUCUCGAGAAGCCCAACUUUGACCUGUGCCCGGAAAGCUUGGACUAUCUGAAGGAGCACACCAACGUGAUCCUGCACAUUGCGGCCACGGUAAAGUUUGACGAGGAGAUGAUCAAAGCACUCACGAUCAAUCUGGCUGGCACGCGCACCGCGCUAGAGAUAGGGCGUCAGUCCAAAAAUCUACAGAGUUUCGUGUACGUGUCAACGGCAUACUCAAACAGCUACGACGAACACAUCCAGGAGCGGGUGUACCCGAUCGACUGGAACCCGGAAAAGAUCCUGGCCAAUCUCGACGACGAGAAGCUGAUACAGGACGUGAUCAAGUAUUCGCUCAAAUGGCCCAACACGUACACCUUCACGAAGGCGCUCGCCGAAGCGCUGACGCUCGAGUAUCGGCAACACUUCCCGGUCGCCAUCGUCCGCCCGUCCUGCGUGAUGGCCAGCCUGAACGAACCGAUACCCGGCUGGUGCGACUCGAUCUACGGCACCAAUGGCACCUUCAUCGGCUGGUACUACGGCCUUAUCCGGACGAGCCACAUCGAUCCGGAGGUAACGAUCGAUACCGUGCCGGUGGACUACGUCUCGAACGCAAUCAUUGCCGUCGGAUGGAAGACUUACAGCGAGAGAGCUCAGGAACCGGAACUGCUGGUGUACAACUGCGUUAGCUCGACCGACAAUCCACUAACGUUCGACGAACGAAGACGCGAGUGUGAGAAGGCGUGCAGGAAGCAUCCGCUGCUGACGGGCAUCUACCGACCGAUCACCUUCGCCUCGAGCAACGAGCUCAUGUUCCGGCUGUACUCGCUGGUGCUGCACUAUCUGCCCGGCUACAUCAUGGACAUGGCCCUGAAGUUCCGCGGCGAGAAACCCCGUCUAGUCGAUACGUACAUGAAGAUCGAUAAGGUCGUUGCCACGGUGAAGAAGUUCUCCAACACCACGUACUUCUUCGACAACCAGAAUAUGAAGGACCUGUAUCUGGCCAUGAGCCCAGUAGACCACCAGCAGUACCCGUGCGACAACCGGAACUACAGCUGGCGUCUGUAUUUCGAGGUUGCCGUGCCCGGGCUGAAGAAAUACUUCUUCAAGGAGGACCUAAACAACGUGAAGCGAGCCCGCCAAGCGAUGCGCAAGAAGGAGCUGAUCGUGAACACAACCCUGUUUCUCAUCGUCGGCCUGAUAUUGCUCCAGCUGUACUACCUACUGCGCUAAUGAACACCCUUUUCUGAUCGUUGGAAAUGCAUGUCCGACCAAAAACAGACGACCCCCAAUCACGGCAAAUCGGCUGUCCAGGUCAUCGAACAGUGCUCGCUCGGGACCGCUCCGAUCCGAUCCAGGGCCAACCGCUCUGCAGGGUCCAAGGGCUCGGACCCAGCACAAGCGAGAGACCGAUCGGAGCCAUCUCGGUUGGGACGUCGGCUGGAUGCGAUAGAUGUUGAUCGAACCGGUUCAUAAAACAUAAUGGGAUGCGUUAAGGGGUUUUGCUUUAGGUUAGGUUUUAGGGGGGGACCUAGGGAAUAACCGAUCAGCUGUAAUGCGGGUUGCAGUAAAGGUUAGUGUGGCUAGGUUAACCAUUUGUGUGCGUAUUCAUCUUUCCGUUGCCGUGCUGUGACGGACAGCUGGUAUCCGUUUUCUGAACGCUGACCGGGUUCAGAUGGAACUUGGUUAUGAAGGAGUUAUUUUUCUGCUAAAUACUUUUAUUUUAUUAAGCACUACCCCCUCUCUUUUUGGAUCAACUUCCCCUAAUCAAAAGAGUUGAAUUGCAGUAUGGUGUGCAAAACAAUUCAUUUACGCUUAAGAACCACUCAGCACAGCACCUUGUUGGCGGUUAGGUCUCCAACAGCCGAAAUCCCCUUCUACACAUGACCUUCUGCUCGGAAGGCUGGGAGAGCUCUACUUUUGUACCGAUAUUUAUUAAUACGAUUUCAGCGUGCUGAGCACAUAUAUAGCUCACGGAUAAAUAAAGUAAGGAAGGAAAAAAACGCUAA